UUUACCAAGCUAGAGCUAAGGAGUGUGAUGUGCUUUUCCCAGGAUAGCAAUGAACUCAGAAAAUACAAUAAAUACACUAAUACAAGUAGCAAUCUUAGUGUAAAUUAGAAUCUGAUGAAUAUCUUUAGAUUUGAUUCAUUUUCAUCUUUUACAUGACUAGAAAUGUAGAUAACACAUUGCAGUUUUCUCAGAACAUGAAUCCUACAUAAUUUCAGUGCUGAUUUGUCUACAGUGUUGAUUUGCCCACUUCCUCCACUUUUGUAGAUUUUAGAAGAAGUCUUACAGUGGGGGAAAAUUACAGAGCAAUUUUGAAGGUCAAAGCUCAUUAAUUCCAUGGGGAAAUGAUGCCAUCACAGUUAUUUACAUGCUCCUCCUCAGCACAUCAGACUAUCAGUGCUGCGUUUCCUGAAUCCGGAAUUGUAGGCAUUCCCUGGUUAAACUCACAGAACAAAACUUUUCAGGACCUGGUUCUAAAGGAAAAAUGAUACGAAGUUUGAGCAAAUCGUCGGGAUGGCGCUGCCACUCAGUUGUUGAAGUGAAAAGUAAAUUUGGUGCAGAGUUUAGGAGAUUUUCUCUGGAUCGCUUUGAGCCUGGUGUGUUUAAGGACUUUUGUCAGUUUAUCCUGAAACUUCACAGCCUGUUUUCCACCAAAAUCUACAUCAGCUAUGCAGAUGUACAUGGAGACUUACUGCCGAUAAAUAAUGAUUAUAAUUUCUAUAAAGCGGUGUCUUCUGCACAGCCGCUACUUCGCAUCUUCAUCCAGCUUCAAGAAGAACUGGACCAGUGCAACAUUGGUACCAAAUGUGUGAUCCGGAGAAAGAAGUCCACCAUAACUGUAAGUGCUGAUGUCAGCCGAAGAGGACACGUUCAGAUUGGAGAGCCCCAGAAUUUCCGUCCAGUCUCCUCCAUAAUUGAUGUUGACAUCUUGCCUGAAUGCCACAGAAGGGUUUGUCUGUAUAACCAAGGCUCAGACAGGCCUCUGGGCUUCUACAUCCGUGAUGGAAUCACAUUCAGUGUAACUUCUCAUGGACUUGAGAAAGUUCCAGGAAUCUUCAUCUCACGAAUCGUUCCUGGAGGAUUAGCGGAGAGCUGUGGUCUUUUGGCCAUUAAUGACCAGAUACUGGAGGUCAACGGUAUUGAGGUGAUAGGCAAGACCCUUGAUCAGGUUACAGACAUGAUGAUUGCUAACAGUCGCAACCUAAUCAUCACUGUGAAACCUGCAAAUCAGACAAAGAGUAUAAGAAAUCCCAUCAUCUCCCCAAACCCAGAGCUCAAGCUUGAUGGCAAGGGUGCAAUAAGCUACCCAGGACUGCCUAUGAUUAUGGAAGCAUAUGUUUGGACACGUAAUGGCUCUGUGAGUGAUGAUGACUCAGACAUAGUUGUGGACAAUACUGUGAAAUCUUCAUUCCAGUGGUCCAGUGCUACAGCAGCCUCUCCAUCUUCUCAAACUAGCUUUCACAAUCGCCACAGAAAUAGCCAUCCCUACUCUCAAGAACUGUGCCGUUCACAGCCCUGCCUCAAUGUCACAGCUCAUGCUGGGUCCAGCAUUUCAUUACAGAGGGAAAUGAGCUCACAGCAGCAUUAUAGGAGCAACCCAGCAUUCAAACAGAGAACAUCUAGCACCUUUGACAUCUUGGGCGCAUUAAGCCCAGAUCUGCAGCAGCGACUCAUGAUACCCCAAUGGGCCAUGGAGGAGGAUGGAACUGUUAUUACCCUAUGAUACAAACUUUAUUUUAAUCUUUACUGCUAAGACUUUUUGGACGCAUUAUUUGAUCAAUUUUAAUGGAAUAUAAACCACUAUAUCCUAUUCAAUAUUUAACAAUAGAUAUCAUAUUAACUCUGGACAUAUCAAUAUAUUAUCAAUAUAUCUUCAUCUCAGUUAUUUAUUCCCAAUAAAUACUGAAUCUCUUAUAAUAGCUAGACAAAUCUCUUUCCUGAGAAUCCUCCUGAUGUGUGUAUGUCAUAAUAGCGAUGCAACCGCAAUUAGGUUAAAUGAAAUUUAACCAACUCCAUUAUUUCAAAAAUCAUGUUAGAAUAUUGUUCCAGCUUUAGUGUUUUAUCUGUUAAAAACAAAUAUGUACAAAGAGGAACAGCUGAACACUUGCUCAUUUAUGCUAUUGCUCAUAUAUCCAAUCAGUCAAUCAUGUAGCAGAAGCGCAAAAAAACACAAUAAAACAUGCAGAUACAUGCCAGGAGCUUCAGUUUCUGUUCACAUCGAACAUCAGAAUGGGGAAAAAUGUGAUAUCACUGACUUUAACUGAUGCAUGGUUGUUGGUGCAAGAUUGUUGUUGGUGCAGACUUGGAGUAUUUCAUAAACUGGGAUUUUCACACACAAUAGUCCUUGAGAUGGAUGAGCUACAACAGCAGAAGUCUACAUCAGGUUCCACUCCCAUCAGACAAUAACAGGAAUCUUAUGCUAUCAAAGGCAUAGACUCAACCAACCUGGACAGCUGAAAAUAAAAAAAGACCACGGGACCAGGUGAGUUUGGGUCAGUCUGUUGCCCAUUGUGGCCUAAAAUCCUUGUUCUUAGCAGGAGUGGAACCUUGAUGUGGUCUUCUGCUGUUGUAGCUCACCCAUUGCAAUGUUUGAUGUGUUGUGUCUAAGAUGCUCUUUUGCUCACCACAGUUGUAAAGAGUGAUUAUCUGAUUGAUUAAUAGUUCCUUCCUGUCUCAGACCAGUUCAGUCAUUCUCCUCUGAUCUUUGAUCAACUUGCAGACUCUCUACUCACGGGACAUCUUCUCUGCACCAUUCUGUAUGUGUGAAAUUUACCAGGAAAUCAUCGGAAUCUGAAAUACUCAAACCAGUCUAUCCAGCACCAACAAACAUACAAACAACAGUUAAAGUAACUGAGGUCAUGUUUUUCCAUAUUCUGAUUCUGAUUUUUGCUGUGAACAUUAACUGAAACCCUUGACCUGUAGCUGCAUGAUUUUAUGCAUUGUGCUGCCACCACACGAUUGGCUGAUUAGAUCACUGCGAAAUGGGCAGGUUAACAGGUGUUCAUACUGAAGGGAAUAGUACAUAUUUGGUUUUUAAUAUUGAAUUGAUUUGCAUUUUAUGUUUUUCUGCGUUCAGAAACAGAAUAAGGAAAGGGAUAAGCUGAUAUCAAGAGUCAUGUUGUGUGAUGAUUAUCAUAGAUAUUCAUAAAGAGUUUUUCCCUACUUCACUAAAUUGCCACCUUAUUUUUCCUGGGUCUUGCACAGGAUUAGGGUUAGGUUUAGGAAAGUCUGUAAUUUAAAAGCACUCAUUUUCGGAGCUAGAAAUGUAUGAAAAUAACAUUAAAAAAAAACCCAUUACUAAUAUGCUUCCCUUUUCAUGUUUUCAUGGGGGGGGCACUGGAAAGUU